CCUUGUCAGAAGAGCUGCCCCACUAAUCUCGACAUCAAGGCUUUUAUCACCAGCAUCUCUAACAAGCAGUCCUCAGUAAUAAAAUAUCCUGAAGCAGAACUGAGUUUAGAGGUGCGCACCAGGAUUGCGGGACACAGCAAUAAUGUUGGAGUCAGUUUUUAUUCUUGUGCGCAACAAAGAAAGGCCACAUUUAUUAACCUAAAGUGUAUCGGAUGCAGAAGCUUGCUUACACGGUUUAUUCAUUCAUCAUCAGUAACUGCUUCAUCUGGAUUUGUUUAUAUUUGGGGAAUUAUUAUGGGUGCAUACUAACCAAAAAAAUAAGUGUGGGAGAGAGGGUGGGAUUGGGAUUAAGAGUUGGUUACACACACACACACACACACACACACACACACACACACACACACACACACACACGCACGCACACACACACUGUCUCAGUUCACCAUUCAAAACAAAAGUUUUACAAAACUGUGAAUGUACUAAUUUAACAUUACAUCGCUUAAGGGUUUCUACUUUUAUUUUAAUUGUCAUAUUAAAUCCCAAAUAGCCCCAAGAAUGUUUCUGUUUAGUAACAAAAUUAAUAAAUUAUUACCCUUCUAUUUUUUCAUAUCUUGAAUUUCAUUAUUUAAAAGAAAGCGAAUGGUGUGAAAGGAUUUCAUCCUAUUUCUUCAGCUAAGCUUGAUGAUUUCGGCAGUGUAGGAAUAUCUGUGUUGAACUCUUUCAUUAUUAGACGGAUAAAUAUUUAUUUAAAAUAUUUUUAUUCUGGCAAAGAGGGACAUUUGACAUUUUAGAAAUUUACAGAAAGCAGACGAACCCCCUACGUUGAACCGUAGGCUUUAAUAAAGUUUUAUUUUAUUUUAGUUUUUUUUUAAUGUAAUGCCACUAAAGCUUUGAACAAAAUGGUUUGUCAUUCGCACACUUGACCUUCACAAUCUUUUGAGAAAUGCAGCGUUUCAGGUCUCUUACUGGCUUCGCACUGCACAUUUAGCCAUCAGUCAACCAUUAAAGCUCAAGAUCAACUUAUAUAAUGAACAUGAAAUAGCCCUUGGAAAAUGCUCUUGCUAAAUGCCACCUGGAACCCACUGUUAUUCAGUAAAGCCUGGUGCCUUUCAAUGCAUUUUGUCAAAUUUCAAAAACACAUUUUAGUCAGCUUUGAUUCAAGGCCGUCUAAGGGCAGUGCUAUUUCUUUAUUUUGCUACCUUUUAAUAUGUCUGAACACUAUAGUUGCUGUUCUUCUACUGUAUUAGAAAUCCUCUACUGACAAUGCAGCAUUCUUGAUGAUUUCACGGCAUGCAACGUUUUCACAGACCUGAGUUGGUGUGUUUGUUCUGCACGAGUGUUCAUCUGCUUAUUCUGUAGAACUAUUACGGGGCAGCGAGGGCGAUCCUGUCAGACAACCCGCUGGGCCUGACAUGUGGGAUGGUGUGUCCCACCUCAGACCUGUGUGUGGGUGGCUGUAACCUCUACGCCUCGGAGGAAGGGCCCAUCAACAUUGGAGGACUGCAGCAGUUUGCUGUUGAGGUGUUCAGUAAGAUGGGCAUUCCUCAGGUGAGGAUGCCUGACCUUCCUCCUCCUGAGCAGAUGCCUGAGAGCUACCACUCGAAGAUCGCUCUGAUCGGCUGCGGCCCCGCCAGCAUCAGCUGCGCCUCGUUCCUCACCCGUCUCGGUUACAGUAACAUCACCAUUUUUGAGAAGGAGAAGUAUGCCGGUGGACUGAGCUCUUCAGAAAUCCCUCAGUUCCGCCUGCCCUAUGAGGUGGUGCAGUUUGAGCUGGACUUGAUGAAAGACCUGGGAGUGAAGAUCGUCUGCGGGAAAGGACUAGGCCAAGAUGGAAUGACACUUCAGUCACUGAAAGAGCAGGGAUACAAAGCUGUCUUCAUUGGAAUUGGUCUACCUCAAGGUAACAGGCACAAAAUGUUUGAAGGCCUCACCAUGGAGCAGGGAUUUUAUACCUCCAAGGAUUUUCUCCCACUAGUUGCCAAGGCCAGCAAACUAGGGAUGUGCAGCUGCCGCUCAGCGCUGCCUCGGCUCAAUGGCUCUGUGAUUGUCCUGGGCGCAGGAGACACCGCCUUUGACUGUGCCACCUCUGCCCUGCGCUGUGGCGCACGCCGGGUCUAUGUGGUGUUCAGACGUGGCUUCACCAACAUCCGUGCAGUCCCUGAAGAGAUGGAACUGGCUAAGGAAGAGAAGUGUGAAUUCCUGCCUUUCCUGUCACCAAGAGAGGUUAUACUGAAGAAGGGCCUUGUGCACGCCGUGGAGUUCUGCCGUACGGAGCAAACCGAGACGGGCAAAUGGGUCGAGGACCAUGAGCAGAUCGUACGUCUCAAAGCUGACUUCAUCAUCAGUGCUUUCGGCUCUGUGCUGAAUGACCAUAAAGUGAAAGAGGCCAUGGCUCCCAUCAGGUUAAACAGAUGGGGGCUUCCUGAGCUGAACGUGGAGAGCAUGCAGUGCAGUGAGCCAUGGGUGUUUGCCGGGGGCGACGUAACCGGCUUCGCCAACACCUCUGUGGAGUCAGUCAACGAUGGCAAGCAGGCCUCCUGGCACAUCCACAAAUACUUACAGGCCAUCCAUGGGCAAACGGUUAGCAGUGAGCCACGACUGCCUCUCUUCUACUCGCCCAUCGACACCGUGGACAUCAGCGUGGAAGUGUGUGGGAUCAAAUUCCCAAACCCAUUUGGCCUGGCCAGUGCUCCACCCACCACCAGCGCUACAAUGAUACGCAGAGCCUUUGAGCAAGGCUGGGGCUUUGCCCUCACCAAGACCUUCUCUCUUGACAAGGAUCUGGUGACCAACGUCUCUCCACGAAUCGUGCGCGGAACCACAUCAGGUCCGAUAUUUGGCCCAGGCCAGGGCUCCUUCCUCAACAUCGAGCUCAUCAGUGAGAAAGCUGCAGCCUACUGGUGCCAGAGUGUGUCCGAGCUUAAGGCAGACUUCCCUCACAAUAUUAUCAUUUCCAGCAUAAUGUGCAGCUACAACAAAGCUGAUUGGACUGAGCUUGCCAAAAUGGCAGAGGCUUCUGGAGCUGAUGCCCUGGAGCUGAAUUUAUCCUGCCCUCAUGGAAUGGGAGAGAGGGGUAUGGGACUCGCCUGCGGGCAGGAUCCAGAGCUGGUGCGGAACAUCUGCCGCUGGGUACGACAAGCUGUCACGAUCCCUUUCUUUGCCAAGCUGACCCCUAAUGUCACCGACAUUGUGGAUAUUGCCAAGGCUGCACAUGAAGGUGGUGCAGAUGGUGUCACCGCCACCAACACGGUCUCAGGCCUGAUGGGACUGAAGGCAGACGGCUCUCCCUGGCCUUGCAUCGGCCGAGACAAGCGCACCACAUAUGGCGGCGUGUCUGGCAAUGCCAUUCGUCCCAUUGCCCUGCGUGCCGUGUCAGUCAUAGCCAGGGCACUCCCUGGUUUUCCCAUCUUGGCCACUGGGGGCAUUGACUCUGCUGAAUCUGGCCUACAGUUCCUCCAUGCCGGUGCCUCAGUACUACAGGUCUGCAGUGCUGUACAGAAUCAGGAUUUCACAGUGAUAGAGGACUACUGCAUGGGACUGAAAGCUCUGCUCUAUCUGAAGAGCAUUGAGGAGCUGUGGGACUGGGAUGGUCAGUCUCCCCCCACAGUCCGCCACCAAAAUGGCAAACCUGUGCCCACUCUGCAAGAGCUGUUAGGGAAGAAAUUGCCAAAUUUUGGUCCAUAUCUUGAGGAGAGGAAGCUGGCCAUAGCAAACUACAAAAAAAAGCUAACAGAUCUCAAAGACAACACACCUCCUUCCAGAGGCUCACGAAUUAACACCCCUAAAAAACCUGUGCCAGCUGUUAAGGAUGUAAUAGCUCGAGCUCUGAGGCACAUCGGCGCAUACCAGGAGCUGAACAACCAGGAGCAAGUGCAGGCUCUCAUAGAUGAAGAGAUGUGCAUCAACUGUGGAAAGUGUUACAUGACCUGCAACGACUCUGGAUACCAGGCCAUUACAUUUGACCCUGAGACCCAUUUGCCUGUGGUUCAGGACAGCUGCACCGGCUGCACUCUCUGCCUCAGUGUCUGUCCCAUCAUCGACUGUAUCCAAAUGGUUACCAGGACAACGCCCUAUGUGCCAAACAGAGGUCUCCCUCAAGCCAUCAUGCCUGUAUGCUGAAUGAAAGAAGAGAAAGAGACAGGAAAGCGAGAGAGCGUGAGGAAGAAUAAUGAAAAAAAAAGAAAUCACCAAAUGUCUACAUCAGAGCAUUGAUUUCAGUACAUAAUUGCAGGGUGAAAAAUGACCUUUGUUGUAUGGGAGGGGGGAGCAAAUAAUUAGUUUUGAGAAAUAAUUGCCUUAUAUUCUGAAGCCAAUUAUCCAGAAAUAAUCGCACAGGCAAAAAAUACUUGCGUUAUUUCAAAACAAUAGCAGGGCAACAUGUUGUUGUGGAGUUCAUUCGCUUUUUUUCGUCUGGGAUGUGCUAAUGAGAAUGAAGAGGGACAAUUCAAAUAAUGGAUGUUCAUGAUGAUGCAGGGAGCCCAUGCCACCACUGCAUGCUGUGUCUCCCAGCAAAACAUAAUGACAGCACAUCCUGUAAGCUCACUGGUCAAAUGAGACAUCAUUCGAACAGGAAAUCAUCACAUAUACAAGUGGUAGUAAGAAAGACAGAUAAAUAUUGAAUAAUGUGGUGUGUGAACAUUUAGAAUAUAUAUAAUCACAUACAUUUUGUUGUCUUUUGGUUUUAGUUGUACACUAACACGGAGAAAUGUUCAAACAAGCGCAGCUCCUUUUGAAGCUUUGAUUAGUAAGUGGUUAUUCUGAGAGCCAGCCUGCUCAUGUUGUACUGUGAACGCCAUGUAGAAAGGUCACCGUUGACUGGUUCCCGAUCAUUAGAUAUGAACACUAGCUGUGAUUCAUUCUAGACCCUAAAGGUCACCUCUGACCACUUCUAUCUCAAUAAAUCCUCACUGCUCCAGGUUGUGGGGUUUCAUGCAACUGUUCCAUGUCAGCACUACAAAAUGUUACUGCACAAGAACAGGAUGUGUCAAUGAGCUGUCACAAGGAAGGGCUGUGAGAGUUAUUUCAUUAAUGUAUCCUGUUGCAAACAGAGUGACACAGUAUUUCAGAUUAUAUCUGUAUUACAGAAGAUAAAUUAGAAUGUGACAAUUGAAAUUUGACUACUAAUUAAAUAAUUUUUUAAUCAUCCCACGUUUCUCUGUAUUAACAUUAAUAAAAAAGUAUUUAUCACAAUGAUGCUGAUGUCAUGGACAUUGCUUUGGUUUUCAGUUUGAGAAAGUCACGUGUAUCAUAUGUAUUUAUUUUGCAUUAUAGUAGGAAAUUAUCACCAGCACAGUGUUAACAGAGAUUAACGGAGGUUAAUGAUUUCAUCCAGCAAAUCUGCAACAAAUACAGAGCAUUUAAAAAUUCUCCUCAGAGAAUAAAUUUUGCCAUUAUUGUAGGUACACAAAAAAAUUACUGAAAUGAGAUUUACUCAAGAAAAGUGUGGUAACAAUGUUCACACCUAUUGUCUUAGUAAAUUUAAAGCUGUAGUACUGACAUUGUGCCUCUCUAUCGCCAUCUCUGUUUAACGUGGGUUACGCUUCAGCACUGCUCCUCUGCCCAGAUGAAUCUGAUGUUUUGAAAUGAUGAUUUGAAAUGUUCCUAUGGAUUGUAUAUUAGCUCCAUUUCUUGACAACUAAUAAGUGGAAUUUACCACACUGACCAUAGCAAAACAAAAUAACAAAAAAAAAAAAAAACACACAACAUAGGAAACUCGACACCUAACUGAAUCAAGCGAACAAGUGCGCUAAUAUUUGCUAGCUACUUAUUGAGCCUCUGAAAUGUCUUACCUGUCCAGCAGAAAAAAAGCCAUCUCUGAGUCAGCCUUCAAUCCCUUCAGAUCUCUGAGUUUUCGCCACCUCUCAAAAGCCAUGCCGAUAUUUAUUCUCGUUUUAGCACGGGCUCUGUUGCUUUCCCUUUUUGACUGUUUCUUGGUUUUGCCAACAGCUGAUUCAACAUGCAGUUUUGCAGUCGGGUCUCCUUUGAACAGUGGACUAGUUCAACAAAAAGACUUCAUAUAAAACCAUAAUGAACUUUCUUUUACUUUUUACAAGAUGAAGUCGGGUUCCCUUCUGAUUCUGGUUCUUCUUAAAGUUUCUUCUUCAUAUCAUCUUAGGGAGUUUUUCCUUGCCACCGUUGCCACCGGCUUGCUCAAUUGGGAUACAUACACACAUUUAGAAUCUGUAUCCCGUGUUUAUAUGUUUCUGUAAAGAUGCUUUGAGACAAUGUCCAUUGUAAAAAGCACUAUACAAAUAAAAUUGAAUUGAAUUGA